AUGUCGUUCUCGUCCUCGUCUUCAUCUUCGAGGCACUCGUCAAGAUCCUCGAGGUGCAGCUGCGACAGUUGCGCAGAGUACAGAUACGAAAGAACGUGCCAUGUCGAUGGCUGCUCCAGGAAACAUGCUUUCAUCCGCAACGAUCCCCUGAGACCGGAUAUCAGAAUUUACUCUGAUUUCUGCGUUGAUCAUACGUGCAAAUUCUGCGUGCUCGGUCUAGAAAUGUGCAACCGUCCCAAGGACCCUCAGCAUCGUUUUUGCAGUGAACACCGGAGAUGCGGAGUGGUGGGCUGUGUUCGGACCGGAGAUUGCCCCUCGAAUGUGCCACUCCCGUGGAUGUGUCCGGACCACAAAUGCUUCGUCGAGGACUGUUACAAGACUAGAGACAAGCUGUAUGGCUACUGCGCCGACCAUCGAUGCCGAGUCGGAAGCUGCUUCGAGAGGAGGAUAUCCAACUCCGAGUUCUGCGCCGACCACCACUCGCGAAUUUGCCGAGAGCUGAAUUGUCGAGAGGUGAUAUACGCAGACCAUCGGUGCUUCAAUCAUCAACGGUGCAUCGUCAAGAACUGCAAAUUCCACCGCUUCAGACGUCCAGAUGGCGGUCUUUGGGACUUUUGCGAACACCACUAUGGUGAAUUCCGCUGCACGUACAAAGACUGCGACAAACUGACGAUACCUGGCACUCGCUGCUGCGCCAUCCAUAAGUGCACAUUCGAGGGGUGUGUCAAUUUCCGAGACAACGAGCUUGACAAGGAGAGAGUGUUCUGUCGAGACCACGGAUGCGGCGCAUCGAGAUGUUACGCUGUCGCUGUUGCUAUCGAUGGGGGUGGCUUCCGUCCCUUUUGCCGGAGACACACUUGCACGAUAGCUGGCUGCAACGAGGUAUCUGAGUUCGGUGUCCACUGUCACAAACAUCGAUGCCACUGGAAGAGCUGCGAAAAGCCGUGCUUGAAGGGAGGAGAGUACUGUGGUGAUCACGAGUGCAAGAGACCUGGCUGUCGCAAGAUUGCCAGACUGCAGUUCGGCUACUGUGCAGAUCAUUGCUGCAAGAUCGAUGGCUGUAUCAACUACUGCGACGUUACUGCCGACAGGAUAUGCUACGAGCACUCAAGAGGCGAUCUCUUCGACCGCAUCAAACACCUCGAAAAGAGGUUGAGAGAACGGCAACACGAGCAUAUUCACGAGCAUCACGAUCACCACCAUCCACAUUUCGAUGAUAUGCAACUUCGUUACGACAAGCUGAUCAGAGAUUACGAUGAAUGCCUCAUUAGGCUAAACGAAAGCAGAGAAGAGAUUCGCAUUCUGCGGACCACUUUCAUUUCACCAGACGACAACCGCAUCUGGCGAAAGGAACUCGAAGAUCGCAACGCUCGCCUAUUGCUAGAUCUGGACAGAGAAGUCAAGAGAAGCGAGCAUUGGGAGCGCAAAGCGAUCGAGUUCGGCCGUAGAAUCGAUGAUCUCGAGGUUUUGUUGGCAGAGGAGCGACUCCGACAUCCAAAGUCGGAUGAAUACGUUAGACAAAUCGCAGAUCUCGUACGCAAAGUCGAGAUUCUCGAGGAUGAGUUGCGCAUCGAGCGCAACAAUCAUCACAUUCACGAAGGACGACAACGCGAGAUUGAGAAGCUCGUCCGUACCAUCGAGGAGCUCGAACGAAAGCUUAAGGGCGAUCACAUCAAGGUGGAUGAGCUUAUCAAGAAGGUUGAUCUCCUGCAAUCGAUACUCGCCGGCGAGAGAGAGCAAAAGGAUAUUCUUCUUGCUGAGCUCGCCAAGCGGGACGAGUAUGAGAGAUUGAGACGAGAGGAGCGCCGUCGACCUAGAAGAGGAAGCUGGGAGAGAAGAUCUCGCGACUCACGGCCUUGGGGAAGUGUCUUCUGA